AUGCCAACAGCUGCGAUGGAGGUUGACAAAGGAGACCAGGAGAUGGUAGCAGGCGCCUCGGGCGUCGAAAGCAAGGCACCGGUGCGCAGCAAGGGGGUCUCCGCCGACGAUGACCGCGAGGCCUUCAGCCCCGACCUGCUGCGCAUCUACUACGCCCGCCUCUUCCCCUACGAACAGAUGUACCGAUGGCUCGGGUACUCCAACAUGCCGGCGUCGCUACCCGACUCGUCGGGAAAGCCGCAGCCCGUCGACGAGCAGGCGGAUUUCUUCUCGAAACGAGAGUUUUCCUUCACCAUCGAGGACGAUGUCUACAUCCGGUACCAGUGCUUCGCGGACCAGAAGGAGUUUGAGCAGCAGGUGCAGCGGAAGCAGCCCCACAAGAUCGACAUCGGGGCGAUCUUCACUCUCCCCCCCAAGAACCAUCUCGCGGUCAAGCCAGGCGCGUUCCAACCGGUAGAGCGUGAGCUGGUGUUCGAUAUCGACUUGACCGACUACGACGACGUGCGGACGUGCUGCUCAGGCGCGAAGAUCUGCAACAGAUGCUGGUCGUACAUGACCAUGGCGGUGGAGGUGAUGGAUGUCGGGCUGCGGCAAGACUUCGGUUUCAAGCACAUCCUUUGGGUGUACUCUGGCAGGCGAGGGGUCCACUGCUGGGUGGCGGACGAUGCGGCGAGAGCGUUGACCAACGAGGGCCGCGGUGCCGUGGCGGACUACUUUGGCGUCGUCGCGGGUAACGACAACCAGUCCAAGAAGGUGAACGUCUCGUUGCCGAUACACCCUUCGCUGCGGCGAGCGUACGAAACAUUGGAGCCCCUGUUCCUGGAGCACAUCAUCACAGAGGAGGGGCAAGGGCUGCUGUCGGACCCAUCACAUUGGGGGAAGCUGCUGGCGACCGUGCCUGAGGAUGUCAGGCAGACUCUGGAGGGCAGGUGGAAGAUGGGAGGGUCCUCCCCGGCGGAUAAGUGGGAGGAGCUAGUGGAAGAGAUGGAGAAGAAGGGCAGGAAGCAGCAGCAGUUGGCGAAGAAGAUGAAGCCGGCGGACAGACCUCCCACGCCGGAGCAGUGGCGGUACGAGGUGGUGUUCGAGCACACGUACCCUCGACUCGACGUCAACGUGUCCAAGGGCCGGAACCAUCUCCUUAAAAGCCCCUUCGCGGUGCACCCCAAGACUGGCCGCGUGUGCGUUCCGAUCGACCCGGCCCACGUGCGCGAGUUUGACCCCUUUACGGUGCCCACUUUGGGCCAGCUCCAACGCCAGAUCGACAAGUACGACAAGGAGCACGGGGAAGAGACAAAGAGCGUCUCGUCCAUCAACAAGACGGAGAUGAAGAAAUACGUGCAGCAGUUCGAGGACACCUUCCUCACGGGCCUCUACAAGGGUAUCCGCGUCAAGAAGAGGGACAGGACAGAGCGUAUCGCCGCAGUAACGACCGACUUUUGAUUUUAUUGUAAAUUCAGCGAGGUAGGUACUACAUCGACAGUUUGUCUCUGGCCGGACUUGACCGAGUAUUAUUCGGUCGGUGCAAUCUUUCGUGCGUGUAGACAAGAGAGGUACCAGCCCAGCAACAGUAGUAGACGGCAACACCCGAGUGAUGCUGCUGCUGUGCAACCGUGAAUAUUUUUCUUGCUUUUUUUUGUGGUUCUCCGCCAACCUCAUAUCAACGCAAUCUCGUAUCGACGAUCAGGACUACAAGGUCGCAUCGCAUCUCACGAUCGAUACUUGAUUAGGCGACUGCCAGUAGACUGGUCUCACAUCAAUCGGCAGUGUUUCUGUUUGGGU